AUGGCUGCUGCUCGCGAAGAAUCCCGCACCCCAAUGGAUGUCGACACCAAUGGCGUCAAUGGCAAGACGGAACGGAGCCCUACGCCCCCUCCCCACCGUUCGAACGGCAACACUGCCGAGGCCGACAACUUCAAGCUGGCCGGUAACAAAUUCUUCAAGGAUGGCAACUACACACGCGCUAUUGAGGAGUUCAACAAGGCCCUCGAGAUCAGCCCCGACUCGUCCGUCUACCUGUCCAACCGCGCGGCCGCCUACAUGGCCGCAAACCAGUAUCUAGCCGCUCUGGAGGACUGUGAGCGCGCCCGCGAACUCGACCCCAUCAAUACCAAGCUCAUGUAUCGUCACGCCCGCAUUCUGGUCAGUCUGGGUCGUCCGACCGAGGCUCUCGAUGUGCUCUCCCGCGUCGAGCCCCCGGCUUCCGCUACCGACAAGGCUCCCGCCGAGAAGAUGCUCCGGUUUGUCAAGCAAGCCGAGGAGGCUUUGGCUGAAGACCGUGGUGUGUCGAUGGUGCUGUUCUGCCUGGACCAGGCGCGUCAGAUGCUGGGUCAGGGUGUCAAGGAGCCUCGCAAGUGGACGCUGAUGACGGCCGAGGCGCACUUGCGCAUGGGUAACGACAACUCCUUCGGCAAGGCCCAGGAUAUCGCCAUUGGCAUGCUGCGCGAGAACAGCCAGGAUCCCGAUGCGAUGCUGAUCCGCGCCCGCGCGUUCUAUGGCAUGGGUGACACUGAUCAGGCGUUGAAGCUGCUCAAGAUGUGCCUGGGUCUGGAUCCCGACAUGAAGGCGGCCAUCAAGAUGCUGCGCACCGUGCAGAAGUUGACGCGCACCAAGGAGGAGGGUAACACUGCUUUCAAGGCCAAGGACUAUCGCAAGGCCAUCGAGUUGUGGACCGAGGCCGUCCAGGUCGACCCCAAGAACAAGGACCAGAACGCCAAGAUUCUGCAGAACCGCGCCCAGGCCUACAUCAACUUGAAGGAAUACGACAAUGCGGUCAAUGACUGCACGGAAGCUCUGAAAUUGGACCCCAGCUAUCUCAAGGCACAGAAGAUUCGUGCUAAGGCUCAUGGCGGUGCUGGUAACUGGGAGGAAGCCGUGCGCGACUACAAGGCUGUUGCUGAGACGAACCCAAUGGAGAAGGGCAUCCAGGAGGAGAUCCGCCGGGCUGAGUUCGAGCUGAAGAAGGCACAGCGCAAGGACUACUACAAGAUCCUCGGGGUUUCCAAGGAUGCAUCUGAGCAGGAGAUCAAGAAGGCUUACCGCAAGAUGGCCAUCCAAUACCACCCCGACAAGAACCGUGAUGAUCCUACUGGUGAGGAGAAGUUCAAGGAGAUUGGUGAGGCUUAUGAGACUCUGAUUGAUCCUCAGAAGCGCGCCUCUUACGACAACGGUGACGACCUCGUUGACCCGGCUGACAUGUUUGGCCGCGGCGGCAUGGGAGGUAUGCACGGCUUCGGAGGUAUGGGCGGCAUGGGCGGCAUGGGCGGUAUGGGUGGUAUGGGCGGUAUGGGUGGCACCCAUAUCAACAUCGACCCCAGCGUUCUCUUCAACAUGAUGAACGGCGGAGGUGGCUUUGCUCAAGCCGGUGGCCAGCGCGGCGGAGGUUUCCCUGGAGGAUUCUCCUUCUAA